CUCGCCACUGGCGCCCCUCUUGCUGCUUACGGCUCCCGGCAGCCUCAGCAGAGCGCUCGGCGGCUGCAGCUGGCUAGGAGGCUGGACUAAGUGCCCCGCAUGCAGCAGACCCUCUAGAGCCCGGGGCGCGCCUUCCUCGCAGCAACGCACAGGACCCCAAAGUGUCAGUGACUUUACUGGACUCUUUAAGAACUUGGUAAAGGAACAAAGAAAUAUUAGCAAGAUCAUGUCAAGGACGGUAACAGAGCCCAGAAGAAAGUGUUCUAGAAUCCAAAGGAAGAAUCAAGUGAGAGGCAUCUCCACGUGGGUCACCAGGGAGGAGUGAGAGUUUGGCAGAGAUUGCUCUUCGGGAUCAGUGAUCUCCAACUCUUCUGAAAGUGAAAUUCUAGGAGAUGGAUGAUGGUGUCUACUGUUUUAGUGUUGACUUCAUUUCCUGGUCCAGAAGACCAGAAAUCUGUGUGUUUAAGAGAACAGCACGAGAACCAUCUGUUCAGAGUUGAUUAUCUGAAGAAAUGGAUACUUCUCCGUCCAAAAAAUAUCCAGUUAAAAAACGAGUGAAAAUACAUCCCAACACAGUGAUGGUAAAAUAUACUUCUCAUUACCCCCAACCUGGGGAUGAUGAAUAUGAAGAAAUUAAUGAAGACUAUGGGAAUUUUAUGGAAGAAAAUCCAAAGAAAGGUCUGCUGAGUGAAAUGAAAAGAAAAGGAAGAACUUUCUUUGGAACUGUGGAUACUCAUCCUCCACCAGCAGAAGACCCAAUGACCAGUGAGAUCGGACAAUUCCAGAGCUUUGCAGAAAAAAAUAUUUUUCAGUCCCGAAAAAUGUGGAUAGUGCUGUUUGGAUCAGCUUUGGCUCAUGGAUGUGUAGCCCUUAUCACUAGGCUUGUUUCUGAUCGUUCUAAAGUUCCAUCUUUAGAACUGAUUUUUAUCCGUUCUGUCUUGCAGGUCUUAUCUGUGUUAGUUGUGUGUUACUAUCAGGAGGCUCCCUUUGGACCCCGUGGAUACAGAUUACGACUCUUCUUUUAUGGUGUAUGCAAUGUCAUUUCUAUCACUUGUGCUUAUACAUCAUUUUCAAUAGUUCCUCCUAGCAAUGGGACCACUAUGUGGAGAGCCACAACCACAGUUUUUAGUGCCAUUUUGGCAUUUUUACUUGUAGAUGAAAAAAUGGCUUAUGUUGACAUGGUCACAGUUGUUUGUAGCGUCUUGGGUGUUUGUCUUGUCAUGAUCCCCAACAUUGUUGAUGAAGACAAUUCUUUGUUAAAUGCCUGGAAAGAAGCUUUUGGGUAUUCAAUGACUGUGAUGGCAGGACUGACUACUGCUCUUUCUAUGAUAGUGUACAGAUCCAUCAGGGAGAGGAUUAGCAUGUGGACUGCUCUGUUUACCUUUGGUUGGACUGGGACAAUCUGGGGAAUAUCUACUAUGUUUGUUCUUCAAGAACCCAUCAUCCCAUUAGAUGGAGAAACAUGGAGUUAUCUCAUUGCUAUAUGCAUUUGUUCUACUGCAGCAUUCUUAGGAGUUUAUUAUGCCUUGGACAAAUUCCAUCCAGCUUUGGUCAGCACAGUACAACAUCUAGAGAUUGUGGUAGCUAUGGUCUUGCAGCUUCUAGUAUUACACAUAUUUCCUAGUGUCUAUGAUGUCUUUGGAGGGGUAAUCAUUAUGAUUAGUGUAUUUGUCCUUGCUGGCUAUAAACUUUACUACAGAAAUUUAAGAAGGCAAGAUUACCAGGAAAUACUAGACUCUCCCAUUAAAUGAAUACCUGGUAAUUAUUGUCUUGUAAAUGUUCAGUUAUUGAAUACGUACACUGCCAUUUUAAUAUUUACCCAUAAAUGUCUUUGUGUUAUAUAAUUGACAGAGUGCUAUAUAAUAUAUAAUUAAUUUAUGCAGAUGCAGAAAAUUUAUUCUUGUAUAAUAUAUUCA